AUGCCGUUGCGUCUGCCAAUCCUCUGGCGAGAUAACCUUUUAAGUACGGCUGUGUCUUCCCCUAGGAGCGAAAUUACAGAAAUUCCAGCUGGGGCCGGAACGAAUCUGAUGCCAAGGCGUAUGCAUGAGAGCUACGCUCAAGUGACCCUGCCAUUCGCGUCCGAUCCUCACCUCCUCGAUAGCUACACGAACGCUAACGGGGGAAUUCGCACCGGGAAGAUAAUGGAACAUCUCGACUCGCUUGCAGGCUCUGUGGCAUACAAACAUGCGCUUGGUCCUGCAGUAGAGUCUCUCGGCUCAAUUAUUCUGGAAGGCUUCUACUUUGUUACUGCGUCCAUUGAUCGAUUGGAUAUGCUUCAACCACUCACGCCGCAGGACACCAGCGAUCUUCGAAUAAGCGGGCAAGUCAUCUUCGUAGGUGCUAGCUCAAUGGAAGUAGCAAUUAAGUUGGAGAGCGUGAAUGAAACCACAGGGGAGGAGAAAACUGUAAUGAUUGGUGAAUUCUCCAUGGUUUGUCGAGAUGCAGUAACCCAUAAGGCGCAGAAGCUGAACCCACUCAUACUUGAGACGGAGACAGAGCGAGAACUUUUUCAUAUCGGCAAAGUUGGAAAGGAACGGAAAAAGAAAAUCAGUCUCCUGUCCUUGAGUCGUUCCCCGCCGUGCGAGGACGAAAGUUCUCUCAUUCACAGUCUCUUUGUUGUGCAUCAACCCUUCACUGAUAGCAAAGGGAGGCCAUUGGAGACAACCCCAAUGGGGAAUACAAUGCUGGAGAGCACCGCCUUGAUGCAUCCACAAGAUAGGAAUUUUCACACCACUGACGACUUCUCAGGUUACCUGAUGCGUCUGGCAUAUGAGAUUGGAUAUUCGACCGCUACUUUAUUUGCAAACCGUCCCCUUCGCUUCUUUUCCCUGGACAACACUACCUUCAAGCUUCCUGUCCCUGUGGGGAGUAUUCUACGGUUACAAAGCAAAGUUACUCAUACUAAAUCUGGUGCGGCCAACUUCAGAAGUGACCGUCAUGCCUCCCUUGUAAACGUUCGCGUGCAAGCCGAUGUCCUGGACGUUAAGACAGGAGAUAAGAAGACGACAAAUGAGUUCCAAUUCACUUGGGGCGACGAUCACACUCUGCACAAGACAGUCAUCCCGGUGACUUAUAUAGAAGCUAUGGAAUGGCUGGAAGGGCGGCGUGCUCUCGAUGUCGGUGAUCAAAUAAGGAAAUUUAGGUCAUAA